AUGCCGUGGCUCGUGGCCGCGGGGCACUGCGUGGGCCUCCACGACGCCGCCAUCCACCGCGUCGCCUUGCCCGAGGACGCCCACACCGCCGCCUGCCGCGGCUCGUUUGACAACUGGCUGGCCCUGUUUCCCGUGUCGCCGCCUCCGUAUCAGCCCUUCCUGCUGAACCCCUUCACCAUGGAAAGGAUCCACCUGCCGGUGUGGAACGUGGGGGACGGGGGGGGGCGAUCUGCAAGAUCAUCUUAUCAUCAGCGCCCAACUCGGCGAAUUGCACCGUCGCCGUUGUCGUUCGUUCCCGAAUUCUUCAGUGACCCCCAGCUGGGCAGCGUCGCUGUAUGCCGCCUCAGGCAGAAAGAGAGCUCUUGCCCAUGGUGGUGCAUUACCGAUACGUUGUAUCUCGAGGACAUCGCCUUCUUCCAAGGGAAGCUACACGCCGUCGACGGAGCCAAGCACACCUAUGAAUUUGAGGACAGGGAGUUAGAACAGAUGCGUAACGUGCAUCUGUACUGUACGACUCUUCGCCGGAGCUUUGGGAUAAACCGUUUCCCCGGUGGUGCAUACCACACUAUUGGAUUCAAAGUCACCAAGGUGUCCGAGCACAGCUACCGGAGGACCAGGACCUUGCCCCCGCCACCGGUGGAGGUCAAGUGCUUCGACGGGCAUGCACUCUUCAUCGGCGAUGCCUGCUGCAGAGCUUUCGCCAGCAAAGAUGAAGAGAGUAACACGUCGGUCGUCCUCGGCAGCGGCAGUGGCACAUCAAGUGGAGCAUUCCAAGUGGUCACCCUCGAGGGGAUGCCAUUGCGGGAUCUGCAAUCCUACGACCUGCGCACAGAGUGCUUCCGUCGGUACCAACACCGUCCCACGGGGCCAUGGCAAUGCGUCACGGUGCAGCGCCUCAUGUUCACGGACGCCUUGCCACCACCGCCGGCUACAGAGUGGGGAGCAACGCUGCUCCUCUGGGAGGUGUUGGGCAGCCUUGGAGCAAACCGAGUGCCGACCUACUGCGGGAGGAGCGGGACAUCAUCGCAGGACGACCCAAACACCUAUGAAUAUGAAGUAAUCUUGUCUGUGCAUGUGUACUACCAGACUUGGCGCUUCACCAAAAGCGGGUGCUUAAUACAAGAGGCCAAGCAGGAGGCAGCACGCGAAGCUGUCAGCUUCCUCCGCAGUCGAUACCGCAGCGUGCUGGAUGACAGCCCAUGGAGCUCCAUACCUCAAUACCACAGCUAUGUCACUGAGGACAUGUAUGAAAACCUUGAAGAUGAGACGACAUGGGAUAGCGUUUUUAGUAGGGCGGAGGGUGAUCAAAACUCCGGUUUUUAA